GCUUUUUAUGGCUUUGAGCACCUACAGAGAAGCCCUGAGGGGUUUCUAGAGGGAUUCUAUGGGAUUUAUAAAUCCCCUAUAACCGCGGGACACCCCCGGCCCUUCUCCUUUCAUUUCCGCUUCCCUCCAGAACCUUUUCAUCGCCGCACUACCCGCGGUGCUCACAAAUUGCGGUCCCCCAGGUGGCCACUUCCGGGUGGCGCCGGUGGCGCGGCCGUCGCUGUCGCCUGUCGCGACAGGGAGGAGGCCUGGCCCUGUUGGGGGUCGCUGCUCGCUGUCGCGAUGAGGGUGGGGGCGGUGCUGCGGCUCUGCUCGCGCCCGGAGCUCCGGUACCAGCAGGGACAGCGGCCGGAGCCUGGAAUCCGCGAGUAUUUUUAUUACGUAGAUCACCAAGGACAGCUUUUCCUGGAUGACACCAAAGUCAAGAACUUCGUCACCUGCUUCAAAGGGAGAAUGGUGAACCCCACUGAAAAUCCCCUGAUGAAAUACACACAUCUGAAAUAUAUUGGCAGCGGGAGUUUUGGAGAUGUUUAUAGAGCAUUGGACACUGCCACAGGAGGAGAGGCUCAACACCUGAUAGCCACAAUGGGGACCUCAAAGCUGUGGCAGCCCAAGCUCCUCUCAGCUUUGCUGUGUGACUUCCUGAACUGCUGCCUGCAGAGAGACGAGGAGCAGCGCUGGUCUGCCAAGGAGCUCCUGCAGGAACUUGAUGUAUCCUGAUUGAGUCUCUGAAGCACUGAACUCGGAAAGUAAUGGUUCACUGUUCUUUAUUGCAUUUUUUUUUCCGGUGGACAGCAUCCAUUUGUAACUUCAGCUAAGCCAGCAUUCAUCCUGGCACAACUCAUCAAUUCAGUGAAGAAGAAGAAUAACCCUAACCCUAAACCCUAACCCUAAUACCUAACCCUAAACUUAAAUGCUAAGCCAAACCCUAACCCUGUCCCUAUCUCUAACCCUUACCCUAUCCCUAGCCCUUACCCUAACCCCAACCCUAAGCCUAAGCCUAAACCUAAGCCUAAGCCUAAGCCAAACCCUAACCCUAACCCUAGGGGAUGAGAACGUAACAAUCAUGUCAAGAUGUUAUCUCUGUUACCAAUUUAGAGUAGGAUUGUAGAGUAGGGUUGUUGAAGAGAUUUGUAGCAUAGGAUUAUAGAUUAGGGUUGUAAUUAAUUAAAGUUUCUGAAACAUCAA